UAAAGGGAUUUAAAUCAAGACGGCUUCAUCCUAGCACAGACCAGACCAGCGAUUGAAAGGACACCUUGGGGGGGAAAAAAAGAUUCAAAGGACAUGAAGUAUCUUAUUUUUCUUGCUCUGGUGGUCCAGGGCUUCGCGCAUUUAGAAAACCGACCUGGACAACGUGGUCCUGGUAAAGGCCAUGAGAAUCGGCCACCACCCGGUGCCCUUCCAAAUUCUCUCCCUAGCCGACCCCCAUUUAAUAUCUCCGAGGUGCCCCCAUCUCCACUUAACAUCUCGGAAAUGUCCCCAUCUCCACUCAAUAUCUCAGGACUACCUCCAUUUAAGAAUUCAUCUCACGAACGUGAUGAGCACCAUAUAAAUGAUUCUAAGCCACCUAAGGAAGGUAGUUUUAACAACAAUAAGAAGGGACAACUCCCUCCCCGUAGGCCCAUUAGGGCAGUCUUUGGUCCCGUGCCCCCUAAAUCAAGCAACCCCCCACCCCUUAAACAAGGGCAAAGUAACCCACCACCACUCAGAGAAAAACCCGAAGGAACCGCCAGACCAAACUUUCAGAGCAAUUUCGUUGCCGGCAACCGAGGGGAGAAGCCUAAACGGUUUUCUAGAGGAAUUCCUUCCGAUAAUGGUGGUCGAGUAUCGCCCACUGGUUUACCGAACAAUUCUGGAAAGCCUCUAAAAGACAAUGGAAGCAGACCACCGAAACCAGAAGACAUUCCACCCAGAGGAAGGCAACCUGGUGUCUCUCGUAGUCCACCUCAAGGAAAGCCAAGAAAAUGAGAGAAGAUCAGUAGACAAGAAGCCAUACUGAUUUUUGGAAUUCCCGUAACCACUCCUUGGUUGGUGAAGUUAUAGUGUCAAGUACAAAAUACAAACAUAAAAUCAAAUACAAAAUAAAGUGAUGAAAGAAAAAAAA